AUGGCGAAGAUCCUCUCAGUCGUGGGCGCCUUGCUGGCCAUGGGCCCCACAGUAAUGUCAUCUGCUCCGGGAGCAUCAGCAGCAGAACCAACGUAUAAUGUUUCUCUUGGGAGCGAGGGCGAAUGCCUUGACGAAAUCGACUCUGCCCGUGAGGCAGCUGGACUUGCGAAAUUCGUUCAGCCAACUCAAGAGGAGGCCACCAAGCGGCUUCCAUUGGAAACAACGAGCAAUGCCUGGGAUCCGCUUUGCAAGGAUUUGCUUAACGCCACUGGCAGCAAAAUUGCCACUAAAGAAGUUAUCCAAGACUUCGAAGACGGCGUAUACGCGUUUGAAGUUCUAGCGUCUGCAAACGUUGACUGUAGUGCUACAGUGGACCAGUGGAAGUCAGCCUACAAGAACUUCACUGGACUUCCACCAGCAAACGACUCAAACGCCACAGUUUAUCAGAACAAGCUCAACGUUUCUUUCGUGGCUCUGUACAAUCCCUCUCCCGGUGCCACCGCAGACUGCAGACUUGUCACUUGCACUGAGGUUCCCGCAGCACAAGAACAUGACGGUGCUCCUAGCGAUUCAAACCGUCAGGCGUUCAUAUUCGUUUGCAUGACCACGCCUGAUGUACUCGCGAACAAUCAAAAGGCUCCCUUCACGCAAGAACAGUGGAACAAGAUCUCCGCAGCCAUCACAGGCGCCGCAGCCGUCGCCUUCCCAAGCAUCAUAGUAGUCGCAAUGACUGUGCUCAGUAUUGCCAUACUUUGA